AUGGUAGCUGAUGGUAUUCAACAAAUUCAAUUUCACACAUCUCCUCACUCUGAAUAUCUGCAGAACUUUCAAGAAUAUCUUGAAUGUAUGGAAGAAAAUAUGUGUAUACUUAAUGAGACAACACAAGCAUGGGUAAAAAAACUUCAGGUCACUAUUGAAGAUUUUGAAGGCACAACUGCUUAUAUCAAAGGACAAGUUGCUCGCAACAUGUGGAGGAUCAAAACUCUAGAUCAGAAAAUUCACAACACUUUUGAAGACCGAUAUAUCUCCACUAUUGAGAAGUCCAUUACAGAACUAUCUAAAGCUUCCGUAUCAUCCUCCACCUCUCCCUUUCAAGAAUUUAGUGAACAAGUUCAAUGUGAAUUGGAUUCGUUAAGAUAUGACAUUGCAAAUCUCUCAAAAUCCAAUUUCGAGAAAGUCAAUAGCUCAUCACGUGACAUAUCUUCCCUUCAGAAGACUGUUGCAUCGACUGAUUCCAAACUUGACUUGAUCUUAGCAAAGUUAUCUGGUUCAAAUGAGUGGCCACAUGAAUCAGAGGGGGAAAAGGUAAACAAGACCAAAUCAAGUCAGUCUCGUGACAUACAUCACAUUCCAGACUCACCAAAUGAGUUUGAGAAAAAGAGACAUGAGAAAAUAGAGUCACUCGACAAAAUGGCUGUUGAUGCAUGA